AUUCUACUUCAACAUCACCAUUAGGACCACAAACCAAAAGAUCCAACAGUUACAAUCGAACCAAAAUGAGCUGUUGCGGAGUUAAGAAACCAAGAACACUCUCUCCUUCAAGAAGUUCACCACCACCAAUGCCACCACCACCGACAAUCAAUAACUACCCGCAACCAAAAACUGCCAAACAUGAUGUCCUUUUAUCAAUGCCUAAUUGUAAAGUUCAUUUAAUGGAUGAAGGGGAAGCCAUAGAGCUUGCGAGUGGAGAUUUCAAGCUAAUUCAGAUAUCGGACGAUGAUAUUUUGUUAGCAACCAUAAUCAAAAUUAAUGAUGAUCUCCAAUGGCCAUUAACCAAAGAUGAACCAGUAGUCAAGCUUGAUCCUCUUCACUACUUGUUCUCUUUGCGCCUUAUCAAAGAUGAGGCUCCUUUGAGUUAUGGCGUGACCUUCUCGGAGAAUGUCCAUGGGAAUUUCAAGUUGUUGGAUAAGUUCUUGAAAGAGCACUCAACUUUUUCAAGUUCAUCAUCAUCAAGAAAAGCGGAUAUUGAUUGGAAGGAUUUUGCUCCAAAGGUUGAUGCUUAUAAUAAUUUUCUUGCAAAGGCUAUCGCAGAAGGAACUGGCCAGAUCAUUAAAGGGAUUUUUAUAUGUAGCAAUGCCUACACAAACCAGGUUCAAAAGGGAGGUAAUGUGAUCUUAAACCAGGCAAUGGAGCAAAAGAAUGGCAUCUCUAGAACUACUAUAAAUGAAAGCAACAAAAUCAAUGGUUCAAGAAAGGAGAAUGGAAUCAACAAAAGCUUAAAAAGUGCUAGAAACCUCUCAAGGAUGACAGAAAACAUGAGCAAAGCAAUGCUGAAUGGUGUCGGAAUAGCAACCGGGUCUGUCAUGGGUCCAAUGGUUCGGUCACAAGCAGGGAAGACCUUUUUUAGUAUGGUUCCAGGGGAGGUCCUUCUAGCUUCUCUUGAUGCAGUUAACACAGUAAUGGAUGCAGCUGAAGCUGCACAAAAACAAGCCUUAUCUGCCACAUCUGGUGCAGCCACUAGGAUAGUCGGUGAAAGGUUUGGUGAAAGUGCAGGGGAAGCAACGGGCGAUGUGCUUGCAACUGCAGGGCAUGUUGCUGGCACUGCUUGGAAUGUUGCAAAGAUUAGAAAGGCUAUUACUCCAGCAUCCUCGGUCUCCAAUGGCGUUCGCAAGAAUGUUACUAAAAUUCGAUAAAUUAAAUGAUUAAGUUGUGUGUCCUACUAAAUGAAAAUGAUCAUACAAUUGUGAUCAUUAGUGGUAUCUCAUAUGGAAUUUAUGCAUUUAAAUCUUAAACAAGCUAUUGGAAGGAAUUGGUUAUCUUUGUGUCCUUGUUCUUUAAUCUUCAAGUUUUUAAAACUUUUGAUUAA